GCUCUCUCAUUCUCUUUCUCUGGUUUUGAGGCAUAAUGACGGAAGAACUCAUCGACCAAUCACCACCUCCUGACCCAGACCCGAUUCAAACUCCGAACCCGAUUCAAAAUUCGAAUUUAAUAAUCCACCCGAGACGUGUUCCUUUCGAGCACGGCCUUCUUCCGAUCCAGAAGCUUGUUUUUACCGACCCGAUUCAAACUCUAGCUCCGAUCAAGCAAAAGCUAGCUGCUUCCGCAACGAAUAACCGCGUCGGAUCUGCUGCCAUUUCCGAUGCACUCUCGAUCUCCGAUGACCAUGCGCGCCUCGUUCUUGAAACUCUCGGUUCGGUGCUCCAUUGUGAGACUGACCCAUUGGUUUUGGCCAAACCUGAGGAAGUUGAUUCCGUCGGAGCUGAUUGGAGGGAUCUGAUAUUGUUUCUCUACAUUCAAUCGUAUAAGAAAUUGUUGCCUAGGACGCAUAAGGACUCUGCUUCUGUGGCUGAUGUUUGGCCAUCGACUUCUGCUUUUGAUGGAUACUUGUCGGCAUUAUCUCCAAUUCAGCUUGUUCGUAGCAACAGCCGUCGGUUUAUGCCAUCACCGACAGAUGAAGAAGCUCAUCAAUUAUCGUAUCUGCAAAAGCACAUAGCAAAUAUUGUUUCUCUCCUUGCAGAGCCUGUGGAGGGAGAAGAAGAUGAAUCUUUGGUCCUGUCUAUGGGGAGUUUGGAGCAUAUUGGGUUUCUUGUUCAUUAUGGUGAUAAGGGAUUUGAUGUACCUUCUUUAAGCCAAGCUAGUCCUUUUUUUGCGAAUUCUGAUCCCAAUAUGCCCGCUGUCCCCGUUCCUGCUUCCCAAGUGAAUGAUUGGCUUCUCAAAGACAUAGCUUCCGCCUUAGAAAGCAUUUCUGACAGAAUUUCUGGGAAAGAAAAUGGGGCAUCUAAUGCCUCUGAUCAAGAUGCUGCAAUGGCAAAUUCUUUUGGAGCUCUUAAUAAAGUUUCAUCUAACGACAGAGGUCCGUGUAUUAUUGAGGGAGUCUCUAAGACCUCACUUUUUAAGCAGGCUUCUGAUCUUAAGGGUAGAUCAGUGAAGGUUGCCAAUUGCCAUGAUUCUGUUAUUUAUCUGUUAGCGCCAUUGAGAUAUGCAACUGUGUAUGGAUGUUCUGAUUCUACUAUCGUUCUGGGAGCUGCUGGCAAGGCAGUAAGAGUUGAGCAUUGUGAGAGAGUUCAUGUGAUUGUAGCUACCAAACGAAUCUGCAUCGCCAAUUGCCGUGAAUGUGUGUUCUUUUUGGGAGUCAAUCAGCGACCUCUUAUUGUUGGUGACAACCACAAACUACAGGUUGCUCCAUAUAAUACAUUUUACUCACACUUGGAGGAGCACAUAACCGAGGUAGGAAUUCAGCCAACUAUCAACAAAUGGAAUGAAUCCUUGGCACUGGGAGCAGUUGAUCCGCAUGACUCACUAUCACAUCCGACUGGUGCCUCUGAUAAACAAUCUGAACCGGCUUCUUGUGUGGACCCUGACCAGUUCACUACCUUUUUGAUCCCAAACUGGUUUGAGGGUGAAGCGCUUGGUUCCACGAAAGACAAUCCAUUUCCAUUGCCAGAUGCAUAUAAGGCAGUGCAGCAGACAAACCUUAAGAACUUAGAAGAAACAAGACAAUCACUAAGAGAAACAUCUCUUGAAGAAAACCGAAAACGAGAACUUACUACAGCGUUCCACAUGCAUUUCAAAGACUGGCUCUACGCAACUGGAAAUAUUCGGCAACUUUACUGCCUACAAGGCGACUAAAGACCAAUAGCGAUGGAAAAUGUCAGAGUCACUGUAGAGUUCUCUUGAUCCGUUGUUACUCAGAGAUUGCUAGCACGUUUGACAUCAGAAC